AUGCAGUGGGUUCACAACCUGGCACCGGGCAUUGUGUCCCAAGCCCCCAUGAUUAUUCCGGUCUGUGUGGUUCUUACAGCUCUUGCCGUCGCAGCAACAUUGCUGCGGUGCUAUGUGAGGCUUUUUAUGCUGAAGACCUUUGGAGCUGAUGACUGGGUCAUCGUUUUCUCGGUGGUUUGCAGUAUCAUCUACAAUGCCCUUACCAUUGAACAGACACGAUGGGGACUAGGCCUUGAUCUAAAGGACAGACCAAAAGUGAAUGCAAACAGAUAUUCGGAGGUCAAUUUUGCCGGGCGGCCGUUCUACAUGCUAGGCAUCACGGGAUUCAAAGUCUCUCUAUGUCUGGCGUACAUCAGACUUGUGAGCAAGCAGAAGACGUAUAGGCAAAUUACCUGGUGUAUUCUCUGGGGUUGCGUGCUGUCCCAUAUCGGUGGCAUUCUUGUCUUGAUGUUUCAAUGCAAACCCGUCCAAAAAUCAUGGGCUCCUGCAACAGAGGGAUCUUGUCUUCGUAACGACAUCACUUUCUAUGUGCUUGCAGCAAACACCAUCUUCUUUGACAUCUGCGUCAUCAUUCUGCCGAUUCCUAUUUUUCUCCGAACACAGAUUGCGAAUAGAAAGAAGGUGGCUCUCAUUGGUCUCUUUGCCCUCUUCAGCUUUACCACAGUCUGUUCGGUCAUGCGGAUGGUUCAGAUCAUAACCAUCGCAAAGAAUGGAAACUCUACAAUGCUGGUCCUCUGGGGCACAAUCGAGAUGAACGUUGGGAUUACCACAACUUGCAUUCCUACGCUGGCCCCGUUCUUUAAGUAUUUUUCUGAGCGAAGCCAGCACUCGAACAAGCCCUCAUCGCUCGGCUAUGUUUCAAACAACUCUCGUCGCUCGAAGCGUACCAUGGAGCUCUCGUUCAUCCGCGAGCAAAAGCGCUCGGGAGCCUCAGCAUACUGUGCCCACACGGGCAGCGCUAGUCGUGACUGCGACAGCGAGGAGAAUAUCCUGGCGGUGGCCCCAGAGGCUCAUCAUCGCUUGGAUGGGAUUCAGAUGAAGAAAGAUUUCCAGAUUAUUAUGUAG